CCUUUGCUACGUUUGGCCCUCAACUACCUCUCGCUCGUUCAGUCAGUUUUAUAGAUAAAUAUAUAUCUAACAUAUAACAUAUACUUUCAGCUAGCUGUAUAUAUAUAUAUAUAGGAUAGGAAAAAUGGUUGGAAAGGUGUCGAAAGCUGAUAAGAAAAUUGCGUAUGAUGCAAAGCUGUGCCGGUUUCUAAAUGAGUAUACUCAGGUUCUUGUGGUGGCGGCUGACAAUGUUGGAUCAAAUCAGUUGCAGAACAUCAGGUAGGGUUUGAGGGGCGAUUCUGUUAUUCUGAUGGGGAAGAAUACUAUGAUGAAACGGACUAUUAGGAUCCAUGCUGAUAACUCUGGAAAUAAGGAGAUCCUUAAUCUCAUCCCUCUUCUUGUUGGUAAUGUUGGACUGAUAUUUACAAAGGGUGAUUUGAAGGAAGUUAAAGAGGAAGUUGCCAAGUAUAAGGUCGGAGCUCCAGCUCGUGUUGGUCUAAUUGCUCCAAUGGAUGUGGUUGUUCCCCCUGGCAAUACUGGGCUUGACCCAUCUCAGACCUCUUUCUUCCAGGUUCUUAACAUUCCCACCAAGAUUAACAAGGGUACUGUUGAAAUCGUCACUCCUGUUGACCUUAUCAAGAAGGGGGACAAGGUGGGUUCAUCCGAGGCUGCUCUGUUGGCAAAACUUGGCAUUAGGCCAUUCUCUUUUGGUCUUGUUGUUGUCUCUGUUUAUGAGAAAGGGUCUGUUUUUAGCCCGGAUGUGCUUGAUUUGACUGAGGAUGACCUUGUUGACAAGUUUGCCAUGGGGGUGUCCAUGGUUACUUCCUUGGCUUUGGCUAUCCAUUAUCCAACCCUGGCAGCUGCUCCUCACAUUCUCAUCAAUGGCUACAAGAAUCUUCUUGCAAUUGCUGUGGAGACUAAUUUCUCUUUCCGGUUGGCAGACAUGAUGAAGGAAUACCUUGAGAAUCCAAACAAGUUUGUAGCCGCGGCACCUGUUGUUGCUGGAGGUGGACCUGCUGCAGAAGCUGCCCCUGUUGAAGAAGAGCUGGCUGAAGAAUCAGAUGAUGAUAUGCCUUUUACCUUGUUUGAUGAUGAGUAAUUGGUCUUUUCUAGUUAAUACAUUGGCUUUUGCUACUAGUAUAUCAGCCUGCAGGUUUAGUAUUAAUAUUAGCUUUCGAUUUGCUACUACUAUUAAUGUCAGUUUGUUACUAUUACAAGCUUGAUUUACUACUUUAUGAAUCAUAACAUUAGUAUCUUUGGUGCAUGAUAUUUUCAUCGUCCAUGUUUAUGCAUUUUCUAUUAUUCUAUUA